GUACAAGCAUUUCUUGAGGGACUUGACAGAGAACACCAGUCCAGACAACCCGGAGUUUCAGCAGCUUUCAAAGACAGUGAAAGCCGUCUCAGAGGUCACCCAGCGGAUCCAGGACAACGCUCGCAGCCAUGAGAACCACCUGCAGCUGCGCAGAGUCCAGAAACAGCUGAAGGGCCGAAAGACCAGAAUCCUGACUCCAGGGAGGCGGUACAUUCGGGAAGGCUGGCUAAAGACAGUGCCCCCUAAAGGCACGGAGGCAAAACCCAAGAUGUUUUACCUGUUCUCUGACAUCCUGCUCCAGGCCAAACCAUGCAGUCCCAUACAUCCUUUCAAUGGGGAUAAGUUUGCCUGCCAGCAAAUCUACCCAUUAAAGGAGUGCACAGUGGAUAAAGUCUUCGGCCACACCAAAAGCCAGGGAGGCCUUAUUAGUUUGACCUUUGCCAGGGCCAAACUGCUUCUAAUGUCCGAUGAUCAGGGAGACAUUAAUGAUUGGUACCGUAGCCUCUGCUUGGCUAUUGGGCAGCUGAAGUCAAAGAAUACAGUGGUGCACAGGAGAGACGAGCUGCGCAGGAAGCCAAUCAGAUCGGAACCAGACAGUCAGAACACUCCAGAACUGCAGCAAACACGUGGAAUAAAAAGAACCAUGAUGUUGGAUGAAGAGGUUCGGGAACACAGAGAGAACACAGAUAGCAGCAGUUCCAUCCCUUCAACUGGGGAAAGCGGCUACAGCGCCACCAAGAGGCUGAAGCCCAAUCAAGCUCCUGCUGCAAGACCACAGGAGUCUUCUGGAUCGAGCUGCGUCAUACUGUGAGGAGGUUCAUGUUCUGAAAAGAGCUGAAAGAUCUGCCCACAGACGGAAGGAGCAGAGGUGAUUUAGGAUGAAUGCAAUGUACAUCUACUACACACUGCUGCGUUUUUUCCAUAUGCCAAAGAAUAUACUGCAAUGUAGGCUUAUUGCUUUUAAGCAUGUUUACUGUUCACAUUUGAAAGGUUUUUAUACUGAGAUGUCUUACUAUUUAAAAUGCAGAAUCACUCAGUUAUCACCAAUAAUGGCCAAAAUCUAACUAUAAAGAAAUACACAGACACAAAAACAUCAUGUAUAAUAACAGUAUAUUUAUCUAGUCACACCAACUCUGAAUAUAUAUCACUAUAGUGCAAAACAAUGCUAUUAUUAGCACAUUUUUAAUAUGAAAUCAUUUAGUGCAGUAAGAUUUUUUGGUUUGCAUGAGAUUUUGCUCUGUUAUACACUGGAACAAAAGGGAAAACUGCUUUUAUAUAUACGGAAUG